AUGUCAUUUAACACUUCUCUGAUGUAUAACACAUCUUACCUGCCUCCGCUGACGGAGUGGAUCGCACCAACCUUUACUCCUGCGGCGCAGGGGCGCGUGGUGGCAACCAUGGUCCUCUUCCUCUUCGCCGCCGUCAGUAACCUGGCGCUGCUCGUGAGCGUGUGGCGUGGGCGUGGCCGACAGCUGGCAUCUCACCUGCGACCUCUGAUUAUGAGCCUGGCGUCAGCUGACCUCAUGAUGACCUUCAUCGUCAUGCCGUUGGAUAUGGUGUGGAACGUGACGGUGCAGUGGUACGCCGGUGACGUGCUCUGUAAGCUGCUGUGCUUCCUGAAGCUGUUUGCCAUGCAAACCUCUGCUUUCAUCCUGGUGGUCAUCAGUCUGGACCGACAUCACGCCAUACUGCACCCGCUGGACUCACUCAUCGCACAUCACAGGAACAGAAAGAUGUUAGUCAUUGCCUGGAGCCUCAGCGCACUGAUCGCAUCACCACAGUUGUUCAUAUUCCGAACGGUUAAAGCAGAGAGCGUGGACUUCAUUCAGUGUGUCACUCAUGGGAGUUUCCAUGAGCGCUGGCACGAGACGGCGUACAACAUGUUUCAUUUUGUGACGCUGUAUGUGAUUCCCCUGCUGGUCAUGAGCUGCUGUUACAGCUGCAUCCUCAUUGAGAUCAACCGACAGCUGCACAAGAGCAAAGCGGGCGAGUCGACUCUCAGACGCAGCGGUACAGACAUGAUCCCAAAGGCCAGGAUGAAGACUCUGAAGAUGACCAUCAUCAUCGUCGUGUCGUUCGUGGUGUGCUGGACUCCGUAUUAUCUGCUGGGCAUCUGGUACUGGUUCCAGCCUGAGAUGUUAAAGGUCACGCCCGAGUACGUUCAUCACCUGUUGUUUGUGUUCGGCAACCUGAACACCUGCUGUGACCCCGUGAUCUACGGCCUUUACACGCCCUCCUUCCGUGCCGACCUCGCCCGCUGCUGCCGGUCACCCCGUCACUCCACCCACUCUCUGGACCGACUCUCAGCCCGACACAGAGCUCACGGCGCAGAGUACAAGUCCGACCCGCCCGGCGUGGGGUGAACACCAUCACCGAGGGUUUCCUGCGAGAGCAAAUGGACAU